AUGUGUGAUUUUUCUAUUCUCUGUGAAUGUUUGGAUUGGCUAUGUAGAGUGAUUGUCGUCCUAGACCCUAGCUGCAUUCAGAUACUUGGCACCCCAAAGAUCAACUGUAAUGCAGAGGAUAUCGAAUUGGAAUUUGAGUCUUUAAGACAAUUCACAGGAAAAGUUUACGUAAAAGGCAACUACAACAAGCCGGAAUGUCGGGUGGAUUACAGUAAACGGACAAAAGAUGGGCGACCCACUGGUGGAAUACGGUUAAACCAUGGAGCUUGUAACAUGGAUCGGCAAAGACUGAUUACCCCGGAUGGGAUGAUGUUCUCGACAGUUCUCGUUAUUAGUUUUCACCCGGUACAACCUAUUAUGUUCUCACCAACGGAACCGCUACAUAUGGAUAUGCCGAUGCCAACAUGCACGUAUACGAUUCGGAAAGAUACCCUUGACGGCCCUAUAUUAAAAUAUGCGCGAGUUGGUGAUCAGGUGGUACAUCGUUGGGAAUGUGAUUCGGUUGCUACGUGGAAGAUGGACAAGGCGAAAAACAACAAAUUAUUGAUGAGAAUGGUUGUCAUACUGAUCGAAUUCUACUCGGGGAUCCGAGCAUAUGUCGAAGCUUUGAAUAUGGCCUACCGUGAAUCAUUUGCUCCAAAUUCGCGGACCGAGUGGCCGUGCGAUUUCAAUAAAAUGACCACUUUUCAGCCGCCGAUCUGCUUUGAUAUGCAGCACAGACAUGUUAGCGAAUUUGUGCCGGAACUUCAGAAUAAUACGAUCACGAGGAAACGAAGAAAAGCCGGAGCCGUUGUAAAAGAUGCUGAUCUAAUUUCACAGACUGUUUACGUUUUUGAGGCAGAUGAUAAUAACAACGUAGACGAAAACGGAGACCUGAUCUCGGCUUCACCUUUGUCUGGUGAUAGGGACGGCGUAUGCAUUGGUAUCGGCCUAUUCACUGUAUUGGCUAUAAGCCUAACUAUAAUGCUACUUCUUCUAACCUCAAUGGUUGUUUAUAUGUUCGUAAUGAAAAUGUGGCGAACUCAGGAAAAGCAGCUCUUUGCUUCA